UCAUAGUAAACUAGAUUUUAAAGUCUGCAGCUAAAAUAAACAAAUAGAAAUGAUUAGUUUUCAAGCACGGUUAUAAAAUUGUUAAUAAUGUUUUUAAACAGUCUACACGGUUUGCGUCCCAAGCUAUGUUCCUUUGUAAGAUAUACAAGAGGAAUAAGACCCCAAAUUAAAGUUGCGAAAGAAAAAUUUCAAAUAAGUCUAGACUUACAUCAGUUCAAAAGGGAAGAGAUUCGUGUAAAAGCCAUCCCUGAUUACGUAGUUAUUGAAGGUAAACUAGAAAGGAAAACGAAACGAGGUGAGGUUAUCAAGCAAUUUGUAAGAAAAUUUAGAUUACCAGAUGGUUGUGACCCGAAAACAAUAAAGUCAGAACUUUCUUCUGACGGUAUACUUACCAUAACUGCACCAAGAAAAAUAUAUGACGCCAAUAUACCAUCUGAAACUAUCGUCCCUAUAACUUAUUCUGGUCCCAGCAAAGACAAUGAAUCUAUUAUACCAGUCAAAGAGACCAAAUGUAAUUCGCCAGUAAAACAAAGACCAGUUUGUGAUGAUAAAACUAAGAAAUAAAUUAAUAAUAGUGUUAUUUUGAUUCGAUUAUAUUUAGUGUUGGCAAAAAAAGGCUCAUUCACUUAAAAGAUGCAUCUGAAGAAUCUUAAUAGGAUAUUUAUAAUAAAUUAAAAUAAAAAUGGACAUUAAAUAAAAAAAAUAAGUGGUAUGAACAUAUUAUUUCUUUCAGUUUAUUUCUAUAAUCAAUAAAUUAAAUUGAAUAAUAUGACACAUUCAGAAUAUACGCAGAGUAAGCGCUUUCGAGUUUAUUAAUAGGUAUUUGCACUUUGUAUCAAAAUCAAAAUAAACAAUGACGUGUACUGUGUACUCCUGAUUCUAGAAUGUUCAUCUCGCUUCACGUAGGAUCCAAAUACACCUCGGUACAUUGCCAAAUGAUAUAUAAGCGCAGCUGUAGCUCGCUACUUCAGACUGAAUUCAAACACAGUACAGUAAA